GGGUUUAUUAGAUGGAAUCAGUUGUGGCUUUCAGAGGGUCAGCAAUCAGUCCUCCGAAUCCAGUUUCAGAUUUGUCGCCAGUAUUGGGACCCAGGGGGAGGUAGAUUUCAUGUUUGAGAUGCCAAGGGAAUCUGUCUUUUGAUGCAGGGUUCAUCACUUAGAGGUAGCAACUGCCGUCAUGCUCAAAGCUGUGAUCCUGAUUGGAGGCCCUCAAAAGGGGACCCGCUUCAGGCCUUUGUCUUUUGAGGUGCCCAAACCCCUGUUUCCAGUGGCGGGGGUUCCUAUGAUUCAGCACCACAUUGAGGCCUGUGCCCAGGUCCCUGGGAUGCAGGAGAUUCUGCUCAUUGGCUUUUACCAACCUGACGAGCCCCUUACCCGAUUUCUAGAGGCUGCCCAGCAGGAGUUUAACCUCCCCAUCAGGUAUCUGCAGGAAUUUGUGCCCCUGGGCACAGGAGGUGGUCUCUACCAUUUCCGGGACCAGAUCCUGGCCGGGGGCCCUGAGGCCUUCUUUGUGCUCAACGCUGAUGUCUGCUCCGACUUCCCCUUGAGUGCUAUGUUGGAUGCCUACAGACACCAGCCUCACCCUUUCUUGCUCCUUGGCACCACGGCUAACAGAACACAAUCCCUCAACUACGGCUGCAUUGUAGAGAAUCCACAGACACACGAGGUUCUGCACUACGUGGAGAAACCCAGCACGUUUGUUAGUGACGUCAUCAACUGUGGCAUCUACCUCUUUUCCCCGGAAGCCCUGAAGCCCCUUCGGGAUGUCUUCCAGCGUAACCAACAGGAUGGGCAACAGGAGGACUCUUCAGGCCUGUGGCCAGGGGCAGGCACCAUCCGCCUGGAGCAGGACGUGUUCUCCGCCCUGGCCGGGCAGGGCCAGAUCUAUGUGCACCUCACUGAUGGUAUCUGGAGCCAGAUCAAGUCUGCGGGGUAUGCCUCCCUCAGCCCUCUAUGCCUCCCGCCUCUACCUGGGCCAGUACCAGCUCACUCACCCAGAACGCCUGGCCAAGCACACCCCUGGGGGUCCACGAAUCCGAGAUUCAGAGAUGAAGCCCCAGUCCCUGCCUCCCCGCGCCCGAACCCGGAAUGGUGUGGGGUAGUUGCCCCCAGGUCUUCUCUUCUGCUUCUAGGAAACGUUUACAUCCACCCCACAGCUAAGGUGGCCCCGUCGGCGGUGCUGGGCCCCAACGUCUCCAUUGGGGAGGGGGUGACUGUGGGCGAGGGUGUGCGGCUCCGCGAGAGCAUCGUCCUCCAUGGGGCCACGCUGCAGGAGCACACAUGUGUUCUGCACACCAUUGUGGGCUGGGGGAGCACUGUGGGGCGCUGGGCCCGUGUGGAGGGUACCCCCAAUGACCCCAAUCCCAACGACCCCCGAGCGCACAUGGACAGUGAGAGCCUCUUCAAGGAUGGGAAGCUGCUGCCUGCCAUCACCAUCCUAGGCUGCCGUGUCCGGAUCCCUGCUGAGGUGCUCAUCCUGAACUCGAUUGUUCUGCCACACAAGGAGCUGAGCCGCAGCUUCACCAACCAGAUCAUCCUCUGAGGGGGACUGCCGGAAGGCACCCCCCCAACUCCCAACUCCCACCCACUCCCCUCGAGGCUACUGCCUGCACGGCCAGCCUCUGUCCAAAAGGACCAGAGGAAGCCAGGCAGGAUCUUCACGUGCCAGGAGCAAUGUGGGUGGCCGGGCACCCCUGGCUUCCCUCUUCACGCCCUAAUAAACCCCAGUGAACCUUGGAGCCAGCA